AUGGGUCAAGAUGCAUCGCCUGCGCUCCCGGCUGGGAUUUCCUCUUUGCUGGAUACUGACUUGUACAAGCUGACCAUGCAAUGCGCGAUCCUUAAGUACUUCCCAGAUGUUUAUGUAACAUACAGUUUCACGAACCGGACUCCGCAGAUGAAGUUGACUCGAGGUGCUUACAAAUGGCUUCUGGCGCAGAUAGAUGUGCUUGCCAACAUCCGGGUCACAAAGGAAGAGAUCGAAUUCCUGAAGCGGCGAUGUCCAUAUUUCAGUGACGCUUACCUGAACUAUCUGACAACGUUCAAGCUCAAGCCGUCGGAGCAGAUCCAGGUUCACUUCACCCCGGUACAGGAUACUGGCCGUGAUGAUGACGAGGGUAACGUGGACUAUGUCAUCAAGGGUGUGUGGGUGGAGACAAUUCUGUAUGAGAUUCCGCUCCUGGCUCUGACGAGCCAGGCGUACUUCAUGUUCACUGAUAAGGACUGGGACUACACUGGUCAGCAGGAGAGGGCAUACCGCAAGGGCUGUGUUUUACUGGAAAACGGCUGUAUAUUCUCAGAAUUUGGAUCGCGAAGACGUCGUGACUAUCACACCCAUGAUCUCGUGAUGAAGGGGUUGAGUCAAGCUGCAGAGGAAGGCAAGAAGCAGGGCUGGAAGGGGCAGCUCACCGGCACAAGCAAUGUCCACUUCGCCAUGAAAUACGACGUUGCGCCUGUUGGCACUGUAGCACAUGAAUGGUAUAUGACCAUUGCUGCGAUCACGGAUGACUAUGUGAACGCGAAUGAAAUGGCCCUCCGGUAUUGGCUCGGCUGCUUUGGUGAAGGGGUUCUUGGAAUUUCUUUAACAGACACCUUCGGAACGCCUGCAUUCCUCGACGCGUUCCGCAAACCAAUCCCCGCGUUCACCAGUGCAGGCGUUGGCGCAGUCAGUACGACCGCCUCAGGAGCCAGCACAACGACCGAAUCAACGAUACAAAGCGAAGCCAAAACUGAGGCACCAAUCGCUGCGCCCCUUCAUGAUGCUCAAGGCGAGCACCCUAACAAAACAUACGCCCAGGUCUACACUGGUGUGCGCCAGGACUCGGGAGAUCCCACGUAUUUCGUCAAAAUGGUACGGGAUUUCUACGACCGGGAGGGGAUCACGGACCGGAAGACUGUAGUCUUCUCCGACUCUUUGAAUAUCGAGUCCUGUCUCGAGUACAAGGUCAUCGCCGAAGAAGCCGGUUUCAACCCAACCUUCGGCGUGGGUACCUUCUUCACCAACGACUACACCAACAAUUCCAACGGCGAGAAAUCCAAGCCCCUGAACAUCGUCAUCAAGAUCGCCACUGCCAACGGCCGUCCGGCCGUCAAGCUCAGCGACAACAUGGGCAAGAAUACGGGCGACAAGGACCUCGUACAGAAAGUCAAGAAGCAACUCGGAUACGUUGAACAACAGUGGCAGGAGGGCGAUGAAAGCAAUCGGUGGGCUCGUAAGUAA